GGGCGUUAUCGUCUCGCGGGUCUUGUGUUUUCAUGGCGGUAUGUUUGGAUUUUAACAUGUUUUUCCUGUUUCGAAAUAGCUUUCUGAAGUCACAGAAGACUGACAUUGUAUUCUGCACCACUGAAGGAGCAUUUAAUAAGUAGGCUUUACUUAAAUGAGUUUCUGAACCAAGACCUCUGAUUUAACAGUAUGUCCUCAAAACAUGUUUUUUUGACUGUUCAGAAUUAAAAUGUCGGUGACAACUGAGCUACAAACUCAAAUGAACUUUUUGGCUUGCUGGAUGCCAAGCACUUCCCGGGCUGGUGUAAUUCUAAACCCACCAUUUGACCCAGUGAAUGCAAAUGCAUACCAAACGGGAUGGCUGCUUGAGGGCCAAAAUGACUCUUUUAUUACUCAGUUUUCCCCUCUACCUGUAUCCAGCAAUAGCAGCUGUAUUAGUGUGGAUUCAUUUAUGGAUAAAAAUAUUUCUUCUGCAUGUGGUGAGGCGGAACUCUCAGGCACUGGUUUUCAUAAUGCCCUUGAUGCACUUAAAUUACCUUCACUUGAUGGUAAUCCUCUCUCCCUGUGGGAUGAUGCUGAUGUCUUCAAUCAAGAUGUGGCAGACUACCCUGUUAAAGAUGCUGCAGAUGCAAAUGGACAGUGUUCUUCCUCCUUUAUUCAAAAACUGGAGAAGUUGAAAGAAUGGCAACUGCAGAAGCAGGGGCAAUUAAAAAUGCAGCAGACAUACCAGCUCCAGAAAGUUACUGAAGAACAGAAGAAACUUGUAGAAAGUAUUUCUGCUCAAGAGGUACCUUUAGAUUUUAGGAACAAUUCAGAAGUGUGGCAUCUCACUGGGGGAUCUGGAAAUCUGUCUUAUCAAGAAAUUUCUGGCACACUGAGUAUUACCAAAAUUGGCAUUUAUGAACAAGUUGCUGAAAUACAUCAUUCCAUACAGAAAAAUGUUUCUGAAAAUUUUCAUUAUCUUACAGGAAGUGUUAUGAUGUGUGUAGACAAGAUCCAUCUUCCUGAUGAAAAAUUAGCACCAUGUCCAGAACUUGAAGAAAAAUAUUUUCAGAGUACAUUAGACUCAAGUAAUGGGAGUUUGAAUACUGAGCAUACUGAGGAACAACUGAAUGAUUGUCAUGGUUAUGGUGAAUCUCAAGCUCGCCCAGAUUUCUUAGAUGGAGGUUCCCAGAUAUGCCAGCAAGAAAAAGAUUUUGUUUGUAAUGAGGAUUUGCUUGAGUCACAAGACCGGCCCAUUAAACCUGGAAUUGGGAUGAAAAUGCAGUCAUUUGAAGAGAUGCUGGAAGAACAGUUAAAGCUAGAAGAAGAAAGACUGAAGUGUACAGAACCAGUAAAGAUGUCUGCUAAAGCUGAAGUUAAAGGCAACAUUAAAAGACCAUUUCUGAAGCGUGGGGAAGGUUUAGCAAGAUUCACAAGGCGUAGUUUUCCAGUUAAACCACCUUGUAAGGAAAUGCAACCUAGUAACACUGAAAAGGUUGCACAGGCAAAAUCUGUAUCAAAGAUAAACAAGCCACAAGUACAGCGCAAAACAUCUGUGCUAAAGAAAAAAAAUCUCUCUGGUAAAGAUAUUGGACUGCAAAAAAAGGCAGACACUCACACUCUCUGCAAAAUGAACCAUAUACAAGAGACUAACAGUUUUGGGCACCAAAGUGGAGAAAACACUGCUGAAGUUCCACCCAAACUGUUAACUGAAACAAAAAUACAAGUAAAACCUGUGGAAAAAACACUAGUGAAACCAUUUCCUGUAAAAACUAAUUGGAGUAGUGAGGAGGUUUCUAAAGUUAGUGAUUCUAUAAGUGCUAAAAUGCAUUCAUCUACUAGUUUAAACCCAAUGACUUAUGAAAGAAAUAAACAGUAUAGCAUUUCAAGAACUGCAAGAAAUGUUCCACCAUCUGGACAGGAGUAUUCAUUUGAUUUAUCCUUUCAAAAGAAGAUUGAAAAGUGGGAUGAAGAAAAAGAAAAAGAGAAUCUUGAAUUGAAUGAAUUUGAAAUGUUGGAGCAAGCUGCAGAUGAAAUAUCCUUUUCAAGCAACUCCUCUUUCAUGCAAAAGGUAUUGCAUUUGGAUGUGCAGGGGCAAACAGGGCAUAGAUUGUCUUCUACACCCAUUAAGACCUUAAAACAACAUCAGCAAACUGCUAAAAUCAGCCCAUUUACAAGAGAUGGAAAAGUGCAGACUUUAUCCCAAAUAAUACAAGAAACCCUAGACUCCAAAAGAACACCGGUAGCCAGCAACAAGGCUGUUAUUUUAAAUUGCAUUUCAAAAAAAAGUGCAAGCAUUACAAAUGACCAAGAAGGAGCAAAUAGGUGUUCUGAAUCUUGUCAGGAUAUUUCAGAUUCAGAGGUGGAGGAAGAUGAUACAGCUUUGCAACCCUGCAUAAAUCAAGGAGUAUUGAGAUCUGAGAUUACUCCGUGUCAACAUAUCAACCUCUAUGAUAAAACCGCUUACCAAGAUCACACCAAAGAGAGUGAAGAUGAAAGUGAUGGUGUGGAUGAGGUUGGAUAUACAAGUGAUGAAUCGACUGUUAUUGAAAAGAAAUGUAAACUACAGCCAGGCAAUAUAGAUCCCUUGACCUUUGAUGAUGAUGAUACCUGGAAUGAUCUGGAGGUGUUUGACAAACAUGCUGGGAAUGAUGAAGUUGUUGAUAGCUUGCAUAUUUAUUGUACUGCAAUUGACCGAACUGUAGCAAAUAAAGAGAUGAAAAGAAAGGUGGCAAAUGGAAAGACUGGUGACCGCAAAUCAGGAGAUACUUUUCUUGAUAACAGAAUAGAACAGCAGCCAGCAUCAGAAUUAAUGGUGAAGCUUUUUCCAUCUCUGAAGCCUAAGAACAAGCCUGCGGUAGUUCAAAAUACUGUGACCAGCACAGAAUCCCAGCAAAGUCCAGAGAACAAAGCACAAUCUGAUUUGUUGAAUAAGCGAUGUCUUGAACUGGAGGCUGAAAUUGAGAAGUUUAGAACUUUAAAUUCUGCUUUGGAAAACCAACGCCAGGAGAGUAAUAAGGCUUCAGAAGAGUGGAGGAAAAAGGUAGCAGAUUUUGAAAAAGUAAAAGCAGAUGAGCUAACUCGUUUGGAAGAAUAUAAAAAAGAAGAAAUGAGAAAAUUACAAAAAGAGCGUAAAGUGUUUGAAAAAUAUGCCGCAGCUGCCAGAGCUAUCCCUGACAAAAAAGAACGCGAAGAAAUGCAGGUGUUAAAGCAGCAAGUGACUGAAUUACAAGAAGAACUAAAACGAAAAGAGACAAGGUGGUCAAAUACCUUCAGCCGCCUUAAAAAACAAUUGGAGUCUCUCACAAAAGAAAAUGGAGACCUCCGAAAUGAACUCAAGGUGAUGGAAAGACUUAGAGUUGAAGCUUGGAAAAAAAUGGAAGCAGAUAAUGAGAAACAUAAACAGGUGGACAGUGUGGUAUCCUGCAAUCAAAAGCUAAAGCCUAUGAGUCCUCCAGGCUUAGUAAAAUUCAGUGCAACCACAUCUGCUUCAGUGGCAGCAGAGAGACCAAAAGAAAGCUGUUCACCAAUAAAAGAACAUGAAGCAAGAAAAAAUAUGCCAGUGUUAGCAGAUAAAUGCCAGGUGGAGGCACUAGAAACUGCUGGACAGUUGCACAAUGUAGUCUAUCCAGGAAUGGCUACAAAACCACAUCAAACUACUUCAUCAGGUGGUUUAAGACAAGAAGUCCUUCAGGAAAUAAACCAUGCUGAUGGAAAGAUUGAACAGAUUCUACAAAAUGGUGACCAAGUCAUCAUUUUCCCCAAUGGAAGCAGAAAGGAAGUAUGUGCUGAUGGAAAAACGGUAAAAGUGACAUUCUUCAAUGGUGAUAUUAAACAAAUCAUGGCAGACCAGAGAGUGAUAUAUUUUUAUGCUGAUGCACAGACAACCCAUACUACUUAUCCAGAUGGUCUUGAGGUUUUGCAGUUUCCUAACAAUCAAAUAGAAAAACACUUUCCUGAUGGAAGAAAAGAAAUCACUUUUCCUGACCAGACUAUAAAGAAUGUGUAUCCAGAUGGCCAGGAAGAAAGCUUACUGCCUGAUGGCACAAUAAUAAGAGUGGCACAAAACGGAAACAAAAUUAUAGAAUUCAUCAAUGGUCAAAGGGAACUUCACACAUCGGAGUACAAGAGAAGAGAGUAUCCGGACGGAACCGUUAAAACGGUGUAUGCCAGCGGACAACAGGAAACUCACUACCCAACAGGGAGAGUAAGAAUAAAAGAUAAAGAUGGAAACAUCAUUGUCGACACACAAAUGUGACCAUGAAAUUGUACGUUGUUUUUUGUUAAGAGAUGGACACGUUUAACACCGGUGGUGUUGGUGCACAGUUUAGUCACGUAAAAAUCAAAGAUGAAUUACAUUUGUAACCGUAAUGAAGUGUAUGCACACAAACAGUGAGCUCUAAGCCUGCCGUUGUGCCAGUGCUGUAGGAACAGAACCUCUGCUAAUUAUGUGUGUGUAUAUAUAUAGAUGUAUAUAACAUGUAUUAUACACAGUUUCAGAAUUGAAAAAUUAUGCUUAAUGUAAAUUUUGGAGAGGUCAUGUACUUUUAAAAUCUAUUUAAUUUAAAUUACCACUGUAAAUUAUCUUUAGAAAUAUUUGUGAAAUCCACGGGACCAGCGCACUGCGGUUGAUGUGGACGUGUGUAUGCUGUUGAAGGUGCUAAUGGUCACUGGCAUCUACUAAAAAGGAGGCUCUGCGAGGUGUCACUGGACUGGUGAGGACCUUUAGCAGUAGUUUGGUGGCGCAGUUGGAUGUCCUAAGAGGCGGAGAGCUUUCUUCUAAAGCAGCAUGUGCUGAACUGAACGUAUUAACUGUCUAUGCUUGGCUCUUUUUUAUUUAGGGAAAGGCGAUAAAACCCGUGUGUGGUAUGGGUUUGAUUUUAUUUAUGUCCUGUCAUUCAUGUGUCCCUCAUCUUUGCUCGUGCCAUUCAGAAUAUUUUAAUAAAAGUCACUGAUUUUGUAGCACA